AUGUAUCGACUGUUAGACUUCGUGUGUCUCUGCGCGCUAGCGUGUUCGGGCCUUGAUGCCGCAAGAAUAUUGGCCGUAUUUCCAACUCCGUCUAUAAGUCACCAAUUACCCUUCAGACCCCUUACACAAGAGCUCGUUCGGCGCGGACAUGAGGUGGUCGUGCUGACAACCGAUCCCGCGUUUCCUAAAGGACAAGCGCCAGAAAACUUGAAGGAAAUCGACUUACACGACAUCUCCUACGAACCGUGGAAACUGGUUAUGUCAAAAAUUGAUAACGGCAAACAAAAUAACAUGGCGGCACUAAUGGACCGAAUGUUUAUUGCAAUGAGAACCAUAUUCGAACUGCAGACGUCAGUUUCUGAAGUUAAAGACAUAAUCAGAAACCAAAAUGAUACUUUUGAUUUACUCAUUGUGGAAGCUUGCUUUAGACCAGCUCUUGGAUUCUCACAUAUUAUUAGAGCGCCAGUGAUAGCUAUAAGUUCAUUCGGUGCUAUUUUUGAUAAUUACCAUGUUAUUGGAGCAUCAACUCACCCUUUACUGUACCCUGACCCUACAAGUACACGUAUAUAUAACCUGUCCCUUUGGGAAAAGAUUAGCGAGUACUAUAAUGCGUAUAAUAAUCUAUAUCUACAUAAGCAAGCAGAACCAAAAGAGAAUGUUGUAGUCAAGACAAUUUUUGGUGAAGACACUCCUGAGUUGAGCGAGCUACAAAAUAAAAUUGAUAUGCUGUUUUUAAAUAUUCACCCUAUUUGGGAAGGAAACCGUCCAGUGCCUCCUGGUGUGGUGCAUAUCGGAGGAAUACACAAAACUCCUGAGAAGAAGUUGCCGCAGGACUUGCAACAGUACCUUGAUUCAUCCGAGCACGGCGUGAUCUACCUGAGUUUCGGUUCAAAUGUCGAUACGUCAAUACUUCCCGUAGAAAAAGUGCAAGCCAUCAUAAACGUUUUAUCUCAACUACCUUACGACGUCCUCUGGAAAUGGAAUCAGGAUGAGCUCCCUGGACGGACAAAGAACAUCAAGAUUUCGAAAUGGUUUCCCCAGCCCGACCUCUUAAAACAUCCAAAAGUCAAACUGUUUAUAACGCAAGGAGGUCUGCAGUCUACAGACGAGACCAUAGCCGCCGGGGUUCCAGUCGUGGGCGUGCCGAUGUUCGGCGACCAGUGGUACAAUGUCGAGAAAUACGUCUACCAUAAGAUUGGGAAGCAAAUAAAUCUACCCGAACUCAAUGAAGAAUCAUUUAAAAGUGCCGUCGUAACUGUUAUUGAAGAUAAGACGUACCGCGAGAACGUGGCGCGCCUCAGAGCGCUGAUGGCGGAGCAGCCGCAGCCGCUGGCGCGCGCCGUGUGGUGGACGGAGCACGUGCUGCGGCACGGCGGGCGGCACCUGCGCGCGCCGGCCGCUAACAUGAGCUGGCGCCAGUACUACGACCUGGACCUCGUCCUCGCCCUGCUGACUAUAGCCGCGGCUCUCGUCCUAGCGGUGGCCUUUAUAUUGUACAAGACUGUUAGGUGUAUUUUAGGUUCAAGUAAUGUUAAAGUUAAGCGCUCAUAUGUAACGAUGUCUCAACUAAAACACUUCGUGUGCUUGUGCGCGCUAGUGUGUUCGGGAGAUGCCGCAAGAAUAUUGGCCGUAAUUCCAACUCCGUCAAUAAGUCACCAACUACCCUUCAGACCCCUUACACAAGAGCUCGCUCGGCGCGGACAUGAGGUGGUAGUGAUCACAGCCGAUCCUGCGUUUCCUAAAGGACAAGCGCCAGAAAACCUCAAGGAAAUCGACUUACACGACGUAUCCUAUGGACCAUGGAAACAUUUUAUGUCAAAAAUGGAUAACAAAAAACAAAAUGACAUGGCAUCACAAUUUGAUGGAUUCAGUGAAGCAGUCAGAACCAUAUUCGAACAGCAAAUGUCAGUUUCUGAAGUGAAAGACAUAAUAAUGAAUCAAAAUGAUACUUUUGAUUUACUCAUUGUGGAAGCUGCCUGUAGACAAGCUCUUGGAUUCUCACAUAUUAUUAGAGCGCCCGUUAUAGCUGUGAGUUCAUUCGGUGCUAUAUUUGAUAAUUACCAUGUUCUAGGAGCACCAACUCACCCUAUACUUUACCCUGACAUAAUGAGUUUGCGUAUUUACAACCUGUCUCUUUGGGAAAAGAUAAGCAUGUACUAUACUGCAUACAAUACACUGUAUCUACAUAUGCAAGCUGAACCAAAAGAUAAUGCUGUCGUCAGGAGAGUUUUUGGUGAAGACACUCCUGAUCUGAGUGAGCUACAAAAUAAUAUUGAUAUGCUGUUUUUAAACAUUCACCCUAUCUGGGAAGGUAACCGUCCCGUACCUCCCAGCGUGGUUCAUAUUGGAGGAAUACACCAAAUCCCAGAGAAGAAAUUGCCGCAGGACUUGCAACAGUACCUCGAUUCCUCCGAGCACGGCGUGAUCUACCUGAGCUUCGGUUCAAACGUCGACACGACGACUCUUCCCGCAGAGAAAGUGCAAGCCAUCAUAAACGUUUUCUCGCAACUACCUUACGACGUCCUCUGGAAAUGGAACCAGGACGAACUCCCCGGACGGACGAAGAACAUCAGGAUUUCAAAAUGGUUUCCCCAACCUGACAUCUUAAGACAUCCUAAAGUCAAACUGUUUAUAACACAAGGAGGUCUGCAGUCUACAGACGAGACCAUAGCCGCCGGGGUUCCCGUCGUCGGCGUUCCAAUGCUGGGCGAUCAGUGGUUUAAUGUCGAGAAAUACGUUCAUCACAAAAUUGGGAAGCAAAUAAACCUUCCCGAUCUCAAUGAAGAAUCGUUUAAAAGUGCCGUCGUAACUGUUAUUGAAGAUAAGACGUACCGCGAGAACGUGGCGCGCCUCAGAGCGCUGAUGGCGGAGCAGCCGCUGAGCCCGCUGGCGCGCGCCGUGUGGUGGACGGAGCACGUGCUGCGGCACGGCGGGCGGCACCUGCGCGCGCCGGCCGCCAACAUGAGCUGGCGCGAGUACUACGACCUGGACCUCGUCCUCGCCCUGCUGACUAUAGCCGCGGCUCUCGUCCUAGCGGUGGCCUUUAUAUUAUACAAGACUGUUAGGUUUAUUUUAGGUUUAAGUAAUGUUAAAGUUAAGCGCUCGUAAAUUAUUUAUAUUUAAAUAGUUAUUUAUUGAUUGAGUUUGAUUUUAAUUAUACAAUAUUUACUUCCCAUUCAAAAUCUGAUGAACCUACAUUUUUCUUCAGGAUUAGUAAUACGUAUGUAACACCUAUGAAAUUUCAGCCCUUCAUAGUGUACGAUGACUUUUUAUCAUU